ACGGGCGAACAAAACCCAAACUCGAAUGAGCUCGCGUUCGCAGAUGAAUGUGAGCAUCGAAGCUCUGAAACCCCAGACACCUACGCACCCACUCUCUCUCUCUCUCUCUCUCACCUCUCGCUUGCGUCAGCGAAACCCUCUCGCACUCGCAUGCUUCUUCGAUCCCGGAAGUAAGCUAUUCACAUAGAUUAUCUUUCUCAGCUACUCCAUGCGAAGUGGUGAACUUUGGUGACAAUCAUGCCUGACGUACAGGUCCUUGUGAAUGAUUUCCUUAACAAACUUAAAAAACGUAAAAUUGAGGGCUCGCUGGCCACGGCAAGGCAGACGGCUGAAUUGCUUCGGUCGGUGAUUUCACAGCAGCGUGUACCUUACAGAAACCAGGCUAGAGCUUUGAUUGAUGCUGUAAGAGCUGUUGGGGAGCAGCUGAUUGCUGCAAAUCCUGUCGAGCUUGCUGUUGGUAAUAUCGUGAGGCGUGUUUUGCAUAUUAUUAGGGAGGAGGAUCUAUCUCUCACAACGGCUGCUAUGGCUGGUCUGGGCUUAUCAGCUGCUAGUGAUGAUGAAGACGAUGCUGAUCAAGAUAAUCAUCCAGUUCUAUCAGCUGCUGCUGUUGCUGCUGCUGCAAGAAGUACAUUGCGUCCACCUUCCUUGCAGACCCUUCUCGAGGAUGUGCCUGACUCAGCAGCUGUUCCUCACACUUCUUCAUCUGGGGGUGAUUCUGAAGGAAAAAGCAAAUCUGCUGACAAAAGUUCAAGAACUCGGAAGUUAAAGCAUGGUGUCAUUGAAGCUGUUAAUGAACUUAUUCAAGAUAUUGCCACUUGCCAUGAACAGAUUGCCGAGCAAGCAGUAGAGCAUAUUCAUCAAAAUGAGGUAAUUUUAACUUUAGGAAGUUCAAGAACAGUUUUGGAAUUUCUUUGUGCGGCGAAGGAAAAACAGAGGUCAUUUCGGGUGUUUGUUGCGGAGGGUGCUCCAAGGUAUCAAGGACAUCUUCUUGCGAAAGAAUUGGUCACAAGAGGUUUACAAACCACGCUAAUUACUGAUUCUGCAGUCUUUGCCAUGAUUUCCCGGGUGAACAUGGUUAUAGUUGGAGCACAUGCUGUCAUGGCCAAUGGUGGGGUCAUAGCACCCGUUGGAUUGAAUAUGGUUGCACUUGCGGCCAAAAGGCAUGCAGUUCCGUUUGUUGUACUUGCUGGCAGUCACAAGUUGUGUCCUCUGUAUCCUCACAAUCCCGAGGUCUUGUUGAAUGAGCUGAGAUCCCCAUCCGAGCUGCUGGAUUUUGGAGAGUUCUCUGACUGCAUGGAUUUUGGAAGUGGCACUGCUUCCCCCCUUCUUCAUGUGAUUAAUCCAACAUUUGAUUAUGUGCCACCAAAACUCGUUAGUCUUUUUAUUACUGACACAGGAGGGCACAACCCAUCAUACAUGUAUCGCCUCAUUGCUGAUUAUUACUCUGCUGAUGAUUUGGUGGUGCAACGAAGACCACCUACAGGGAGAUGAGUUUAGCUCCCUCUUUUCUUGUCAUAUGUUGGGUAAUUCAGAAAACUAGUGGAUAAGCAGCGCGGCAGUGAGAUGAAAGUUGGAUUGCAUUGUAUGAAUUUGGGAGCAAAUGUUAAUGCUGGAAGAGACUAGG